AUGAAAACAUCUGGCUCACCUUGUCCUCUAGAUCAAAUCUCCAUUAUAAGUUUUAAGCGUUGCCCAUACCUCCGAACAUAUUUAACCGAACUAAUUCAAGCAGUCUGUCUUUCCGGAUCUGUACCUGACGAAUGGAAGAAAGCUUGUACUAUAUUAAUCCACAAGAAAAAUGAUGCUAAUCUCCCCGAGAACUUCCGUCCAAUAACUCUUCAAUCCGUACCACUGAAAGUAUUCACUUCAAGUCUCCGUAUUGCAAUGUUCUCUUACCUACUCGCCAAUAACUUUAUCGAGCACGAAAUUCAAAAGGGCUUCACCCCUCAUAUAUCGGGGACAUUUGAACAUACAGCACAAAUGGCUUAUAUAAUCAAUCAAGCACGAAUAAGACAGCGAUCUCUCGUUAUAACCCUUCUUGAUCUCAAGAAUGCGUUUGGUGAAGUACAUCACAAUUUAAUCCAAUCUGUUCUUGGCUAUCAUCGCAUACCUCAACAUAUUCAACUCAUGAUUAAAAGCCUUUACACAAACUUUAAAACAUCAAUCAUCACAUCUGAUUUUAACACCCCAUUUGUAGAAGUAGGUCGUGGAGUUUUGCAGGGAGAUUGCCUCAGUCCAUUACUAUUUAACCUAUGCCUUAAUACUUUUAUCCAGCACAUAAAAUCGGAGAAAUAUCAACAGUUUGGUUUUUCUUAUAAACUUCUCAACCCAAUUCAUUGGUUCCAGUUCGCUGACGACGCAGCCGUAAUAACCGGCCAAGAAUCUGAAAAUCAACACCUACUAAACCGUUUUGCAAUUUGGAGUCAAUGGUCAGACAUGAUUAUUCGAGUAGAUAAAUGUAGCACCUUUGGCAUCAAAAAAGCUCUCACCAAAUCAAUUCAAUACCUCCCUAAGUUAAUCAUUAACAAAUCUAUUAUUCCAGCUGUUGAAAGUGGAAAAUCAUUCUGCUAUUUAGGAAGGUACUUUGAUUACGAAAUGACAAACAAUGAACAUAAAUCAGAAUUAGUCUCCCUAUUGACAGACCUAAUGAAACAAAUAGAUCUGAAGCCAUUACAUCCGAAAAACAAGAUUCUCCUCUACAGUCGCUACGUUCUUUCAAAACUCUCAUGGCAUUUCAGUAUAACAUCAAUUCAAAAAACGUGGAUUCUGAAAACCUGGACUCAGUUUUCAAACAAUACAUUCGUAAAUGGCUUGAG